UGUCAAUUAAUUUUUCGUUUCCGUUUAAAUAGUUUAAAUACUACUCGUUAUAAGUUCGCAUGUAAUGCCAGUGAAAGUAAAGCUGAUUCGAUUAGUAUAAUAAACACAAACAAACAUGAACGCAAUAGAAGCAGAAACCGUGGGCGAUCUCGUUCAAAAAAUGAUUAUUUCUAUUCGGGGUGAACAGAAUCCAGAAAUAAUUAGAAAAUGGAUGCGGUUUUCCCUGGGGUUGUUAUCGUCGUCUCAAGGAGUGGAAACAUUAAGAGAAGAUGAAAUUACAGUGGCCAGUCACAUAAGAGAUAAGUUGCCCAUUUGUGAUGCAGUGCAAUUCGAUAAAUUGUAUAAUGACCUAAAAGUGGGGCCAUUAAAAAACAGAGCUCGGAUCCUAAUAUUUCUGUUGAACAUGUGCCAGUCGACAGAACAACUAAAGGAUAGAAUGUUCUCUAUCCCUGACUUGAAAUUAGGUUUUACUCCGUCCGUUGCAUCCAUUAGUGGGCAAACGUCGGACAUGUAUACACCGUCGCAAAUGAUGCCAGCGAACAUCACAGAAAAGAGCAUAAGAGAUUUCCUAUCGAGCCCCAACAAAAUAUUUGGCGACGAGUACAUUUCCGAAAGCGUGCUGGUUCAGGAUCUAAUCUAUUCCUUUCAAGGUAUCGAAGGGAAAAUAUUAAAGCUGGACUCCAACUAUGGUUUCCAAAUAGAUCCAAUGAUAAAUAUCGAUAGAUCUCGGAAACAGGCUACCUUGAGAUUGAGCGAACUCGGUUAUUUACACAAUAUUGUUCAAAGAGGGUUGGAAAGGAUAUCGGCCGCCUCGAGUGGCCAGGUAGCCGAUAGUUUCGUUGCAGCGUUACACUCAGAGUUGUCCGAGUACUAUAGAUUCAUAGCUAUCAUUCAGGAAGAUGUAAACAGAGCUCAAUCUCAGUCAGGAUUAUAUCGAGUCACCCUAUCGCAUUUGCACUUAUGGGCAUACGAGCCGUUAGACACCCUAAAAUGGCUGGCGAACAUAGUGAGGGCCUGUCAAGGUCAAAAGGGCGGCGCCCUCGUUUCCGCCGUGCACGAAUUUAGCAACCACGGUGACGCAAGCGUGAAAAAGCUGGUCAGGAGAAUUUUGGAAAAUGUUUGCGAUCCAUUGUACAAUAUGUUGAUAAGAUGGAUCGCCGAUGGUGAAUUAGACGAUCCGUACAGGGAAUUUUUUAUCGAAACCUGCGCGGACAUCACCAGGGACCGGAUGUGGCACGAAAAGUAUCAGGUUCGAAGCAGCAUGCUUCCGUCUUUUAUCACGAGCACGCAGGCUAAAAAGAUUUUGGCCACGGGGAAGAGCAUUAACUUCUUGCACGAGGUUUGCAAAGAUUUCACCCCGUGGCAGGGGAAGCAUACGGAAAUGUUUAAAAACUUUAGCGAAGAAUACAAAGUCGAUGUCCUAUUUGAUAUGGAUCCCGACGGUCGAUUGCAAACAAUGAUGGACGCAGCUUUCAAAGAAACUUCAACUAGAGUAGUUGAAAUAUUAACGAAACAGUACCAUAUUAUGGAUCAUUUGCACGCGAUCAAAGAUUAUCUUUUGUUAGGACAGGGACAUUUUAUUCAACAUCUGAUGCACUUAUUAGAACCAGAAUUAGACAAGCCCGCCAGUUCUCUGUACCCACACAAUAUAUCUUCAAUUUUGAAAACUGGAAUAAGAGCGACCAGUGCGAAGAUAGACGACUUAGAUAUUUACAGAAGAUUAGACGUGAGAUUAUUAGCCCCUUCGGAAAACGAGAAAGGAUGGGACGUUUUUAUACUUGAUUACAAUGUAGAUGGGCCCAUCGGAACGAUUCUAGAACCGUGCAGACAAAUAUAUCAGACCAUAUUUUUUGCUUUAUGGAGAGCGAAAAGAAUGGAAUCUAUAUUGUCUGCUAUUUGGAAACGCCAGAUUACCUCGGCGAAGAUGUUUCGAAACAUGCCAGAAGUAUUACCGAUCCAAACUCACAUACAUUUAAUCACGAGCAGUAUGGUUCAUUUGGUUCACCAAAUGCAGUACUUCUUCCUAUUUGAGGUAAUCGAAUGUUCCUGGGACGCAUUUUCGAAACAAUUAGGCCAAGCAGCCUCUUUGGACGAUAUAAUUACAGCGCAUACUUAUUUCAUAGACACAGUAAGGCGUGGUACUUUACUCGAUGAAAAGUCCCAAGAAUUAAUGGACCAUUUGCGUUCAGUAUAUGGUCCAAUUUUGGAUUUGUUGGACCUCGAAGAAACGUUUCUAACGUUUGCCACGCAAGAAUAUGAGACGAGAUUAAAAGAAAACGUUCCGUUAAACGUAACUUGUCCAUCGAAUCGACUAAACGCUACAAACACCAGUAACACAGAAUUUACUAAACGUCAAACUGUGUUUUUGAAAUACCUGAAUACUCUCUCCAUCCAGCUUAGAUUACUUUCGAGGACCUAUCAGGACAGGGUGAAGAAAUUUCUCAUAAUGCUUGCAUCCGCUGAAGACGUCUCUCUACAAUUGUUGAGCGUUCGAUUAGAUUUCAAUGAGUAUUACAAAAGUAAAGAUAGUCGUCUCGUCGAACCAUUAACGUAUUUGUACCGUAGACAGAGCGAUCAAGUUUUUUUUAGUUGCAAGUAACAAAUAUCUUUAAUAGUUCUAAUUAAUCCGAAAUA